AUGGAAAAUUUGGAUAUGGCUCAAAAGGAAACAUUAGCUAUGAUGCACAAAACUUUUAAAGUGGAUGGCGUAAUUAAAGUACUUGAAAAAAGCGAACAUUCGGGGAAAGAUACUCGCACAGACUGCACUCAGGAAGGCAAUAAUUCGGAUUUGGAAAGAAAUAAUCCUUCCGGGGAUAAGGAGCCAAUCAAUCUGCUUGAUACAGUGGAAGAGAAUCAGGUGACAGAUAAGGAAGCUAUUGCUGCAACUAUGGAGAAAAGGAAUGAUCUACACGGUGGUAUUGUUCUAAAAGAAGGUCGGUGCUUGUUGAAUAAACAAGGUGUCUUGGAUAGUGAUUCUACCUUCUUAGUGGACCAUGAUCAUGAUUAUGUUUGCGCUGAGAACUUUGGGGGCUCUUUAGAUGACGAAAGGGGUUUAUACAGUACUAAGGAACCUCCUGAUAGGGGUUUCCACUCUGAGGAGGAUGUUGUUGCAUGUCUGGAAUGCGUUGGAAAUACUCUUCUCUUUUCGGUGGAUUCUUCUUCAGCAGCAGCCUUCAAGCAAUUUACUCACUACUUAUCUGCUCAAACAGAUUACUUACAGCUUAUCUCCUUUCUCGAUUGGACUCCUUGCUGCAACGUUCAGUUGCACUUUUUUAAAUCCAAAUGCAGAAUACUUGAUCAGCAUCUAGGCGCUGAUUUCCACAUCAGUUUGUUAUCUACUUUGCUCAAUCAACUUCCUCUUUUAGCUGGACACUACUUUGGCAGCUACAUGGAUUUUAUUCCAGCUGAGUUUUAUUUGAGCUGGACUCUAUCAGCAGGGAUCAGUGAAAUUAAACACCAGCUGGACUCUUCUGUGUUAUACUUCAGCUACAUUAAUGACGAUCGAGGUUCAGCUGGAAUUUGCUUCAACUGUAUAAACAAUUAUCGAUUUUAA